AUGGAGAGAUAUAGACGCAGGAGUCAAAGUAGGAGUAUUUCUCGUAGCCCAGGUGCUUACCGUGGUCGUGGCAGGGAUCGCAGCCGGAGUCCUGUACGCAGUUCUAGCCCUGUAGAUACCCGGCCUGUAAUGAGUGAUAAAUUAAGAUCUCGUCUUGGGCCUCGAGGUGAUGAUCAGCCUUCUCCUAACAGAGAGAGGUUGACUUCAAGAUCUAGGAGCCAUGGUUCAUCACGUUCUAGAUCUCCUAAUGCCACUCCAAGAAAGCGUCCUGGAAAAGCUGCAUCUCUGUCUUCCAGCACGUCAAGAUCCAGCUCCCCAGAUGGACAAAGGGGUCUGGUUUCAUACGGAGAUGUCAGUCCUGAAAAUGGGACGAACUAG